AUGCAACAUCUUAUCGAAGGCUCGUCUCAAACCGUUCUCCCACCAUCUCCUUAUCCUACUCUGCCCAUCGAAAUUUUGGAUUCUGUACUGCGCUGCGUACAGAGCCGAGAUGACAUCCGCAAUGUGGCCAUCUCGAACAAGCAUCUGAGUGCCGUGGCUGUCCGAGUACUGUAUCAUACGAUCAGGCUUGUGAAGCCCAUGGAAUCGGUCAAAUGUCUUCGCAUACUGUCGCAGAAUACAAGGAUGGCCCUGCUCGUCAGGUCGCUCGAUAUACACUGGCCUUUCAUCUCUUAUCCCACUCGGAACAUGUAUACACUCGCCAUUCGAGCUCUGUGCAACACUACUUUACUGAAUACUCUCAGCAUCGAUGGACCAACUGAUUUUCAUCCGUGGGACCUCAGCGAAUGUUCUUUUCAAUUGAAGAAGUUUUCUGCCUCAUUUCCCUAUGACGAUUCAUUAAUCCGAUUCCUCGAAGCUCAACCCUCCUUGCUUGACCUUACGCUGCGCGGAUUCAACUCCGACCCCGCCAAAUUCUCGUUGAAUCUGAGCACCUUCAAUCUGAAUCCGAACCCCACUCCCUUUUCUCUGUCUCCUGGGGCUCUGCCGCGCUUAUCUCGUUUGCGGGCGAUACAUGCUGGCCCAGACAUAAUUGCCUCGAUUCUGGAAGGUAGACCUGUUACGCAAGUCUCCAUGCCGUUGUAUGCCGACUGUGUUUACCGCUCCCUGCACGUAUUAAAUAUGUCAUCUGAGCCCAUUGAGAGGCUUAACAUCAUCAGCUUCGACCCCAAUGCUCCUGUGUAUCUGUUGGACGAAAUAGCCAGCCGUUUGCCUAAUCUUGAGGCUCUACACAUUGUCAUCCUGCUCGCGCAAUGCUCCGAGGCUCUAUUGGAGGCUUUGGUUCCGGCUUUAAAGAAGUUUAAAGCAUUGCAGUAUCUGACGUACAUGUCAGCCACCUCAUCCGACGACGUAUCUCAAGAUGAUGAGCAGAAAAUAGCAGCAAUGUGGCACAAAUCUUGUCCGACGUUGAAAACGAUUAUUCUGCCCAUGGGCAAAGUCUGGUUUAUAGACAACUCUAAGUGGAUGUGUUUAGAAGAAUCAUGA